AUGGAAUUAAAUAGAAAUGAAUUAUUAUCUGAAACAGUAGCGUGUACAACUGUUUCAUCAACGUUAUCAUUGUCAUCACUGACUGGGCCAACAGCAAUGAUCGAUGUUCCGGAUUCAGAAUUUCCCGUUGAUAGUGACGGUAGUACGAAGAGAUGCCAUAGAAACAGUAACAAUGAUACUACUGAGAAUAUCAAAACGAAAUUUUCAUGUCAAUGUCAAUCACAUUUAGACCGAAUAUUUCUAGACAAUGUUUAUGCCUUAACAACAACACAACUCUUUGCUAUUCUCUUUUCACCAAUACCAUGGUAUCAACAUUUGCAUGAAAUUGUCAACAAAACAGCACAUGGAAGAAUGUUGAAUAUUGUAAGCAAUUAUGUUGCAACAUCAUGGACUACGGUAAAUCCUGCCGUUACUGCGCGAACAGUAACCUAUAAUAUGGCAUUAAAUAAUACAUUAGGUCCAAAAAGUACAUCAGUUACUGAAAAACAGACAUGUUACGCAUUUCACGGUACCGAUGAGGGAUUUACCGUAAUGAAAGAGAUUCAAAAUGCGGGUAUACCAUAUGCUGAUAAUUUUACCAUUCAGUGUACUUAUUGUUUGAUUCGAGCAGGUAACACGCAAUCCAGAUUACUUAUACACGGUGCAAUGAUACAAAAGAAAAGUAUUUGGGGCAUUGUUAAAGGAAUAAUUGAAAAAAGUACCUACAGUGGAUUAGAAACGCAUUAUACGGUAUUAGAGGAAACGUUAAAAUUACUGUGUGAUGAAGAAUUAGUUGAAUCAAAACAAACUACAGUAUCCGAGUCUGAAGCAACAAAUAGUGUAAUCAACAGUUCACUUCCAAAGAAAUUAUUAAAUGGGUACGCUAAUAUCGAUAUUUCAUUUCUAUCAGCUAAAAUUGUAGGAGUUAGUAAGUGUAAAAAAAAUAAAUAAAUGUUUGCG